UUAGAUUGACCUUGUAAUUUGGUGCUUUAAAAUAAUGAUCUUUGUGAGAAUCUUCUGGAUUUUUCUUCUGGAAUAAACACACCAGGCUAUAGAUCAGUGCUUGACAGGACUUUAGUCAGUGCCAGACUGCAGUUUGGUUAGUGCUAGACUGGUCUUUGGUCAGUGCUAGACUUCGGUUUUGGUCAGUGCCGGACAGGACUUAAGUCAGUGCCAGAGUGAGGUUUGGUUAGUGCUAAACUGGACUUUGGUCAGACUUGGCCGUUGUUAUUGCCGGACAGGACUUUGAUCAUCACUUGGACCCCCAGUGCCCCAACUUGACCCGGAAGUCAUCAGUCUGAUGUCAGACGACAGGUGAGACCUACCUGGACUGACCACCACACCCUCCCCCACCCAGCAGCCUGCCGGUCUGGAUAUCUCACGAGCUCCGUACAGCAAGUUCGCCCACAGGUCCAGCAGCAUGUGGGCCCAGAUGUCCAGUGUGUGUAUAUCGCCCGGACCCAGCCCACCGGCCGCGGCAUUGGCUGAUAUGAUCACGAGGAGUCAGUUCUUAGAAGCCGCCAUACCCAAAUGUUCUGGCUGCGGUGACCACAUCUAUGACAGGUUUAUCCUGAAGGUGCUCGACAGAUCCUGGCACUCCAAGUGUCUCAAGUGUUCAGAUUGUAUGGCCCAGCUCAGUGAUAAAUGUUUCUCUAAGGGGGAGAAGGUCUACUGCAAGGAUGACUUCUUUAAACGUUUCGGCACCAGGUGUGCGAGCUGCGACAAGGGGAUUCCCCCUACGGAGGUGGUGCGGCGAGCCCAGGAGAACGUCUACCACCUGGACUGCUUCGCCUGCCUGAUGUGUGCCCGGCAGCUCAACACGGGCGACGAGUUCUACCUGAUGGAGGACCGGAAGUUGGUCUGUAAGACGGACUACGAGGCGGCCAAGGCAAGAGAGUACGAAAUGGACUCGUCCAACAAGCGACCCCGCACGACCAUCACGGCCAAACAGCUGGAGGCGCUGAAGCGUGCCUACAACGAGAGCAACAAACCUGCUCGGCACGUGCGAGAGCAGCUGAGUGCAGAGACAGGUCUGGACAUGCGAGUCGUGCAGGUUUGGUUCCAGAACCGCCGUGCCAAAGAGAAACGCCUGAAGAAGGACGCUGGCAGACAGAGGUGGAACCCCUACUACAGGCAGAUGAAGAGGGAGGGGGACCACGACAGCAGCCUCAGUGCUGACGACAGGAGUGAUGAUGGCAGCCUAGACGACCUUGAGAGCACGAGCGGAAUGUCAGGUGGCCGGAUGUCAGGUGACGCCUACAGCCUAGACUCGGACAUGUCACUAGGGCCCCUGGGCAGCGGGCCCCCGGGCGGACCAAACGACGGGCCGGGGCUUGAACCUUGGUCUCCCUACAGCGGGCCUCUGGGGCCAAACGGGCCCCCAAACAUCGGGCCCCCACUUCCUGUGAACGGUCCCCUGGGGCCGAAUAUGAGCCCAGGGGGCAUGCCCGGGGCGCCGCACCACUACCUCGGGCGUCACUCCCCGGGCGCUCCGUUGUCACAUUCGCAGAUGAUGCCGUUGGAUGCGAUGGCCGGCAUUCCUCGUCUACUGCCGCCAGGGGAGGAUAACUCCCAAAGCUACAUGGAUUAUCCCCCUUCAUCCACACACAAUCAUGUUGAGGUAUACUGAAAGAGACAAUAGAAGCUGAUCUCUGCUAUAAAAGACUUGGACUGAAAAUUGUGAAAUUGUGAAAAAAAUAAAUAGAAUUAUUUUCAGCGACAAUUUCUUAAUGUAUUAAACAAAAGAGAAAUGAAAAUAUAAACAUUGUAUGGACAAAAACUAAAACUGAAUGAAAAAGUAAGAAACCGUUGAUGAAAAUUCAAUGACAAAGGCGUUAGUGAACAGUGUCAACCCAUUAGGUAUGAACAGACAGAUACAUUGUUUUCUCUGAAAAGUUCAUAACUCAUUGCAAUACGCCUCUGAAUUGUGCUAAAGGAGCGUCCUGUUGUUCGUUGUUUUGGGGUUUCUGCAUAACUUAAGUAGCCGAUAUCAUCGACUAAAUAAAAACAUUGGCCUAUAGGCCUAGAGACAGCCAGAGGCGUAAGGAGCUGUUGACGAUGAAGAUUUAACGGUGAUGUGAAAUAUGUGAAGCAGAAAACUGAUCGUUAUUUUUUAAAAAGUCAUUUCGCUAAAAUGUUCGUUCUGUUUUUAUAUAUUUUGAGAAAAAUGUUUUUUUUCAAGUAUAUGUAAAACAUUUGUUGUCAAAGGGACAUAACCCAGAUUAUUAUUCUAUAAAUGUGGUUACCUCUCUUUAUAAACUGAACACAUUAACUAAAUUCUGUUAUAAUAGUGAUUAGAAGUUUUAAACUUUUUUUUUUCAACAUUUAUUGCUUUAAUUUUAUGUAAAGUUUGUAUGCUAUACAUAAUGUGUACAAAUCAUGUAUGUAUAGAUGUAUGUACACAUAUUUAUUUGAGUUUUUUCUAGUCACCUGUUUAACAACAGUUCUAUUAAAUCCACUAUACUGCAAGGACGAGUAGACCAAUGACAAGGGGAGCCUACUCCUAGUUAUGAUGUGACUUUUACCGACUUUCAGGUUAUGUUCAUUAUUUGCUGCUGAGUUAACUCAGUGCAUAUGGAUACCAGAAUCACGCUUGGGAAAAUAAAGGCGGCUGGGCACAGGACUAACCAUAAGCUGUGUUCACAGAAACAGUUGAACUCUACUUCACCUGCCUUUACUGGCCACAAGGGUAGCUUGACAUUACUUUCACAAUUAUAAAAACCAUCCUCUAAAACUCUCGACAUCACCAGGAAUGAUCCAGAAGAAUUGGUUUGAGUGUAUACCAUGCCUGUGACUUUUCCUUCGACUUCUG